AUGUAUGAUUCAACAUGGAGAAUACAGUAUGAUGUUAAUGACAAGUGGGCGAUCAUUUUCUUAUUUCUAUUUCUUGGGUGCUUAGUUGCUCUUUCCGGACUUUAUGUUAUUGAAACAGCAAGGGUAUAUCGCAAGUCUUGUAAAAGAUAUGAUUCUCCAAGCGAUAAAACUUCUCCGUCGCUGUCGCCUUCAGUUUUGGAGCGUAUUUAUCUUAUGAUAAGAAACGCUUAUUUGCAUUUGGCAACCCAUAAAGGUAUUAUGACAAUCAUUGCUGUUCCAAUUGUUUUUGGAAUUACAGUUCCUUUUAUUGGAAGAGACACAAACAACCCAGGGACAAAAGGGGAUUGGGUUGGAAUGCUAGUGUGUGCGAGAUUAGGAUUUUUGUCAACAGCUGUUUUUACCCUUUCCUUCCUUUUCAGUAUGAAAAACAAUCCAUUCGCUUUGAUGCUUUUCUCUUCCCAUGAAAAGAUGAAUUAUAUUCAUCGUCUCUUAUCCCAAUUCGCCAUUCUACUAGGUAUCAUACAUGGUUUUACGCGCCUUGCUUUGGAUGCCGAGAAAGGCCUAAGUUUAAUUAAUCGUGUAUAUAAUACGGGAUAUGCCAUUCUCGCCAUAACGGUCCUUUUAUUUAUCAGCGUUCUACCGUGUUUCCGACGAAGAUUUUAUGAAUGGUUUUUCCUUAUUCAUCAUGUCUGUAGCAUUGCUUUUAUUAUAUGUAUUUACAUGCAUCAUCCCCGAUGCAUUCCUUACAUGAUUGCAGCUAGUGCUUUCUAUGCACUGGAUCGUGGAUGUAGAGUCCUGCGUUGCUUUAUGAAUAAAACAACAUUCCAGGCAACCAUGAUUGAUGAUGAUGUCGUUUACUUGCGUGGAAAAAAACCCAAAGCUUCUUUCUUUUCUUUGCCAUGGUCUUCAGGUAAUCAUGUUUAUAUCAAUAUCCCUCGUUUAAGUUUUUGGCAAAUGCAUCCAUUUACCCUCGCUAGCUGUCCUUGGGACGAAUACAUUGAGCUGUUGGUUGUCGUUCGAAAGGGAUUCACUCGACGCUUGGCAAGCCAUCUUGGUUCCAUAGACGAUUCAUCAAGUGACGAAGCUGAAAAGUCCAAUGCUAGCGUUUCUGUAUCUAAAUCAAGCUAUAAAAAUAAUUCAUUUAAUUUACAUAAGCGAAUGGAUUCUGACGCUACUUGUGCAGUACCGACCAAGGAAAUGACAGUUUUCCUGGAUGGACCAUAUGGACCAGUGUCCAACCCCUGUAAGAAUUACUCUUAUGUUUUUUUUGCUGCAGCCGGUUGCGGUAUUACUUCCACCUUACCGACCUUCAGGGAUAUGCUGGUGAAGCCUGGGAACACACUUCACAUUACAUUUGUAUGGUCAUGUCGAUCAUUCAAGUUCAUUCGUCUUUUUAAGGAAAUUUUGGAGGAUUCUAUAAAACAGAAUCGGGUGUCUGUCCAUAUAUAUUGUCAUCUGACGACAAGCUAUUCUGUGAAAGAGCACCAUUUAUUAUCUCAAACGAGUGGUUCAAACUCAAUUCAAUACUUUGAUGAAAGGCCCAAUUUAGAAAACCAUAUCAAGGACUACUUUGAUUUGUCUGGAACAAACGUUAGCGCAAUAAGUGCAUGCGGACCUGAUGCCUUUUUGAAGAGUUUGAAAAAGGAGGUGACUUCUCAGCAAAAAUGGGAUGCCGAUACUUUCCAGCAAUAUGAAGAAAUUUGA